GCGUCCCCCCGCCAUUUGCAAUUCUGAGGACAGAAACAAGGAAGCGAAUUAGAAGGUCGAAGGUAAGCACUAUGGAUGGGUUUGCGUCAAACGGGGAUGUUGCCUACACCAGUGCUAGCGCCUACAAUGGCAUCCAGUUUGAAAGUGAACCCUACCAUGAGACAGGGGAGUUGCAGCCGCCAUCUGAGUUCAGCGCACAGCAGUAUACCUACAACCCUGCCACCCCUCAGAUUCAGUAUUACAAUGGCAUAGCCCAGAUACCGAUAGGCAACCCAACCACAGAACACCCUCAAACCCCCGAGCCCAAUGCCCUGCUCACACCAAACAAAGUGAGUUCAACCAACAAACACCUUUCCAAGGUCGGUUCCAGUGAAACUCGAUGUGACGUUUGUAGCAAAGGAUUCAGCUCCGUAGCAAGCUUACGACGCCAUAAGGAGAUUCACUCGGGCGUGAAGAAAUUCUCAUGCAAUCUUUGUGGGAAUAGCUAUACGCAGAAGCAUAACCUCACAAAACACAUGAGGCUCCACACUGGCGAAAAGCCAUACCAGUGUACGGAGUGUGACAAGUCGUUCUACAUCAACCAUCACUUGAAGAAUCACAUGAGCCUGCAUAACGGUGUACCCUAUCCUUGCACCCAGUGUGAGCGGGGAUACAAUCAUCGAUACCAGCUCGCUGCCCAUGUGCGUAAACAUCAUACCAAUGUUGGUUCGGACGGCAGUAUGGCCCAGUCGCCUCCCUCAACCAUAGAGAGCGAGGAGAACAGCGUCUCGGAUGUAUGGGCAGAUACUGGCAGCGAAGAUGAGGGGCAGGGACAUGAUGAGCACGAGUGUGAAGCUUGCCAACAGAUCUUUAUCAGCGCAGAGAGUCUGAACCGGCACAUUAAGUUGCAGCAUUCGGUCGAUCAGGAGUUCCGCUGCGAUGAGUGCAGCAAUAUAUUUCUCACACGUGCUCACCUAGUGAGGCAUAGGCAGACCCACACUGGCGAGAAGAUAUUCGAGUGUGAGGAAUGUAAUGUUAGCUUUAGGUUCAAGGUGAGUUUGCAUAUCCACAUGAGGAGACACAAUAACGACUUUAAGAGGUUUGAGUGCCCGCUGUGUAACAAAUAUUUUCUGGCCAAGGACAGUUUGAAGAAACACAUAAACUGCAUACAUUAUGGGAUGAACUCCUAUGAGUGCGAUGAAUGUGGAGAAAAGUUUACGCAGAAGAAUGACUAUAAGAAACACUUGGAAAAUCACGGAGAUGCCGCGGAACCAAAGGCUGUUAAUAAGAAAGUAGAUAAAGAGAACGUGUCCACCACCCCAAGGAAUCCACCUACUUGUAACAUCUGUGGUAAGACUUUCAGCUCCAACUCCAGUCUGAGAAAACACGAAUACAUUCACAUGGAGGAAAAACCGCACAAGUGUGAAAUGUGUAAUGUUUCGUUUGCUCAGAAAAUCCAGCUUCGUCUACACAAUAAACGCCACAAUGGUGGUGUGAUGGAUCCUCCUAUGAAGCCUCCGUAUGGAAAAGUGAAAAAACCAACGCCUAGGAAAGGUGAUAAUGAGGAUGAUGAAAAUGAUAGUAAGGAUGGGAUAAAACAAGAACAUAAGCUUGAAAAAGAUAGCAUGGAAGAAACAAAAGAAGAAGAUGAAAGUGAGGAAUCUGAUUCGUCCGUCGAUUCUCCACCUCCACCACGGAAGCGUUCCUCACCAGUGAAGGCAUCACCCUCGCCAUUGAAAAACUCUGAGAUUUCACAGAGUUCUCCGACUAAGCUAAGAAUUCGCUUAGAUAAGAUAGAAAAGGUUGAAAAAGUUGAGCCACUUCCUGUGAAACGAAACGCAGCCAGAAAAGCGCGAAAGAUGUUUCAGUCGAUCGGAGCAGAGCAGGACGAAACUAGUUGUGACGCAGAUGAUAUGGAUGAGGAAAGUGAAGAGGAUACUGAAGACGAACCACGGAAAAGACGAUCUCGCUGGGACGGGUAUCGUUAUCCUGUCUGCGAAAACUGCGGCAAGCGCUUUAAGAAAUUGAGGGCACUGAAAAGGCAUUCAAGGUUUUGCAAAACAAACUAAAAUUGGGUCAUUUAUUGGUAUUCUUGGUGAGAUCUUAAUGUGGUUGAAAAAGUAAUGUGUAUCAUUGUUAACAAACAGUUGACUGUACGAAGCGCUGCAAAAUAAUCUCAACAAUUUUAAUUGUUUUAGAAAUUUUGAGACUCAGUAGGUUGAUGGUUCAUGCUCGUAACCUUUCUCAUGUUUAGAACAGUGAAAUUCCAUUGCAGUGCCUUAUAAAUGAAAUAAGAAAUUAAUCUAUGCAGGCUUUGAAAUCGGGUUGUGAAACAGAAUACAUAAGCAAAUUUCAAUUAUCUGUAUUGUUUAUACAUCAUGUACAUGUAUUAUGACCUCAUUAUGUGUGAUCUACUUCAAAGAGUUUACUAUAAUUAGUGACCCAAAAACUCAAACUUCUUUAAUGGAAGCACAGAAUUACUAUAAAAAUUUGACUCCAGUAUAAAACUUUUUUUGUGAUAUUGAGGCCUAUGCUGGUAUUCAAUAUUAGUCUUAAUUAAAUCUUAAGAACGAUGUAGCUAAUUGGAUUACUUGUUAUUAAUAACAGACCAAUAAAGUAAGUGGAACUCAAUGAUAUAUGACCAUAAGAUUUAGUUAAGUGGAAUAUUGAAUACCAUCACAGGACUAGAAUUUUUGCUUAGACUCAGACUCUUACAUUUUUGAAGUCAAAAUAAGUGUCAAACUUUGUUUUAUGUCAUGAUGUUUGCCAGACUCUAGGGAUCCAAAGUCUCUUUGCAUUAUUUCUUCAUUUAAAGGAUUAUUUUGAUUCCCUUAUUAAGGUUAAUCAGUUUUCACGAGUAAUGACCUUAAAUCACCUGAUCAAGGUAAUACUGGUUUUCCAAUAAUUCAUAGAUCUGCAUGUUCUGUCGAUGGAUUGAUUGAAAUGACUGUGUUGAGUUUAUUCGAAGUUUUUUCAUGUUAAUGAUAUUGAACGUGUACACUUAUUAUUGGUUUAAAUUGAUUUUAAGGUCAUGAUUCAUUUAUUUCUCCUGCCUGAGACAUUGUUCAUUGUAAUUUUGUUGGUCACAGGUGAUCAUAUAUUUCAGAAAUUAAAAUGGAGCUUUUGAUUAUUGCUGACAAAGAAAGGGAAAUUCAUUUUCAUGUAGGAUUUAUAAUUCUUUGAUUUAAAGUUCCAUAUUAACGUUGCUCAAGGGACACAUACAUGUGUUGGUUACAUUCUAUUUGAUUUGCCAAACUCCACUCAGCAGUUACUCGUCUUUGCCAAACAGUAAUCAUUGCCAUCAUGCAAGUCAGGGAGUGAAUAUCAUACUCUCUUGACAUCCAGUCAUCAAUAAUGGUCUUUUGGAUGAACAAGCCUGAAUUUAUAUACUUCUGCUUGGCAUUACAUUUUUGAACAAGCCCUGAACCCAGAAACCCAGAAUUUGAGCAAGCCUGGAAAGCAUUUUACCAGUGCAGGGCUUGCGGGCUUGUGUUAAUUUCGACCCUGGACAUCAUACAAAAAGUUAAAGUUUUCCUUCUUUUGAAAUAUUUUUUGAAGCUUGUGAAGCUGAAAUCAAGCUACUUCCACAAAUGCAGAGAUAUUCUCAGCUUGUCAAGGGGGGAUCACUGCAUAGGAAAAUUGUUUUAUUGCUGGUAGAAUAAGCACAGGACCAUUCCAUAUAUCUGAAGGGAAAGGAUAUUGAGAUUUCUAUGCCAAAAAAUAUGGUAUUGUAGUUAUUUUUGAGACAAAAGUGAGGUGUUCUCUGUUUGUUAUUGAUAAACAUAUUUGAUAUUUGACAUGUUACUUAAUUACAGCAUUUUUGGAGUGUCGUUAAAUUUUAAGUCUUGUUGAUACUUUUAAAUAUUUUACAGGUUUUAUAUGAAUGCAUUUAAAAUCUUUAUGAUAACAUUCAUCGUAAUUUUAGGUUCUUUAUAUGGAAGUUCUUAUGCUGUAAACAAUUGUUUAUUUUCUUGUUAUGUUAAUUUAGAUUUAGAACGUUUUUACCAUUUUUGAUGCCCUUUGUUUGCUAAUGUUAGAACUUUGAUAGUUUCUGUUUUUAUUUCAAUGUUAAGCUGAAAUUUAAUGUUCAGCUGAAACUGAAAAUUUGCUGCAUAUGUUCAAUGCUUAGAUUGCUAUUUUCACAAGCUUAAGAAUUGCUUUUGCAAACCUGCAGAUAAAAUUUUACUCUAAGUGUAUUUUACGCCCUUAUUUAAUUUUGUGAAAUGUACUAAGUGAAUUGGCGAUUGUUAAAGUGUAUUGGCUUAUUGAAUUACAUUUAUGUAUUUUACAUACACUAAAGGCUUUUUAGAAUGGGGAACUUAAUUGAUUAAAACACCAUACAGUGCUAACUUUCCUGAGAAUAAUAAAACACUUUGGUCCUUAAAGGAAAUCACUGUUAAAACACUUUGCUCAUCAAGGGAGAUCACUGUUAAAACACUUUGCUCCACAAGGGAGAUCGCUGUUAAAACAUUGCUACUCAAGGGAGAUCACUGUUAAAACACUUUGCUCCUCAAGGGAGAUCACUUUUAAAACACUUUGCUCAUCAAGGGAGAUCACUUUUAAAACACUUUGCUCAACAAGAGAGGUCACUGUUAAAACACUGCUCCUCAAGAGAGAUUACUGUUAAAACACUUUACUCCUCAAGGGAGAUCACUGUUAAAACAUUGCUUCACAAGGGAGAUCACUGUUAAAACACUGCUUCACAAGGGAGAUCACUGUUUAAACACUUUGCUCCUAAGAGGGAAAUCACUGUUAAAACACUGCUCCUAAGAGGGAUCACUGUUUACAAGGUGAUUUGGUUCGACUCAGGAUGGGCAGCCAUCUUUAAUUCGGUCUGAUUGGUCAGUCCCUUAACAAUCUUUAUUACUCCCAGUAAGAACAAAUGUUUGAAAAGCGUUUAUUUCAAAGCGUAUUUAGGACCCUUUUCUGUAGCUUUAUAUUGAUUUACUGACUAAACAUUAAAAGGUGAUAACUUCUCAUGUUUUUAAGAGUCAAGAAAAAAAUAAAGAUCGUUGACUAGCCUCUUUGUCUUGUGUGUGAAAUAUUGUUGUAGCCUAGGUAAUUCAUUUAAACAUCAAUUUUGUACUUCCGGUUUGUUCUGUGAUAGUUGAUGAUGAAGUUAUGCAAUUUUAACAGAACUGUUUUAACUCACAGAGAUUUACACUUAGUGUUGUUUUGUGCCAUCUGUUUGACCAUGUUAAAGAUAACAAAAGCUGUGGUACUUUUUGUGCUUUUUAUGCAAAUUUAUAUGACGUACAAUCUUGCGAUAUUGUUAAAUUGUGUGAUAAAGCACUUAAAACAUAAUUUUGAUGGAAUUUUGGGUUUUGGUAUCAUUGGAUGCAUUUUAGUAUGAACUAGCAAGCAAUCUCUUGUAAGAUAGAUAUCAAGAAUAUCUUGAAUUUUUUUUUUCAUAACAUCUUAAAAAACUCCGAUGCUCAAACACUCUGUAAUGCCUAUUAUUAACUAUUUAAAGCUUUUUUUGGCUUAAAUGCAGGUUUAUCUUAUUUCUGAGAGAAAUUGAGGUUAUGGACUCUUAUCAUUGAAAAAUAAAUUUAACUAUAAAAAAUGAUAUCUUUGCAUCUUUUGGCGUUGAAAAUGUUAAAGCUCAGUUCUUUAGUCUAAAUGUAGUUUAGUGUUAGUUUGAAUAUUGUAUAAUAUUUUUUAUACAAAUUGUUGCAUGUUACAAAGAAUUUACAGUAUUCGUUACUUCACUGAUUCCAGACAAUGUUUUGUAUAUAGUAGAAGAUAUAUUUGUAAAUAGAGUUACAUUGUUAUAAAGAUGUAUCAUUUUAAGGUACCAUAUGUAUAUUUUUGGAUUUCUAUACCUUCACAAGUGCAUUUGUUAAUUAGAUGCCAGAUCAAUAAUUGUGUACUCUGAAAUGAUUAUAUACUUUGAAAUAUUUACUUAUCAUAUUGUGUGCAUGUAGAUUAAAUAUGUUUUUUGAUUUUAUAUAUUUAUGUUCAUCUAUGCAAGGCUAAUAAUGUUGACAGAUGCAAUCUGUGUGCUUUAUGUAAUACAAUAAAUAUACAUCAUUACCAUCUUUUAAAGACAAAUUUAUGAUGAAUUAUUGAGAUUGAUUAAAAUAUGUAUAUAUAAUUAUUAAAAAGAAUAUGUUUAAAAUCAUCAAUCAGAAUAUAAUACUUUCUAAAUAAUUUAGAAUUAAGUUAUUUGAAAGAAUGCAUAAAAAAGUUCAUUGGUGGGAUUUUUUGCUCAACUUGAAGCUGCACUCCCACAAAUUGACAGUUUUGACUUAUUUUUAAUAUUUGUCUCGGAAUCAGUUGAUUUUGGUAUCAAUGCUUAAAUUUAGUCAUAUCAGAUGAUUCACAAUAGAACAUAUAUAUCCCAAUUGUUUGUAAACUACCUAAUGACUAAUUUUUACUUAAAGCGUAAGUAGCGAUUUUAGCCGUAAAUAUUUUCGAAUGUAAAUAUGAAAAGCUGUGCUCUGAUCUUUUAUCAACAGUCUUGUAACACUGGUAUUUUGUAAUUUACACAAAAAAAUGUCUCAUUCCACAACAAAAAAUGAAAAUGGUGUCAAGAUGGCCAAUCUAUGAGAAUGCAGCUUUUAGUCAAAUUUCAAUCUCAACUCAUUUUACCACAAAGCAUCAACAGUCGUUAUGUAUCAUGCUUUUAUUCUUAGGAAAGUCACAUUUUUCACUCAUAGAAUACGCUGAUUAAGAACGUCGUUUUUUAUCAUGGUCUGUUUGCUGAAUAACGAAUGGGAUGCAGGUUAGGGUUUAAGCUAAAGAGUUGUGGAAGGGUCCUUGAUAGCAUUCUUCUUCCCUCAUGGAGAUCAGCAUGGGCACCCUUCUACCUUCAUAGAAUUAAAUGCUCAAAUAUUUCAUCAUGAAAUUUCUUUUGUUUUGAUAAAGACUUAAAACAUGACUAUAAAAUCGUACAAUCUUGGCAGGUGAAAACCUUAACAACUUUAAUGAAGCACACUUCCUAACAUUUAAUGUGAAAUUCCUGAUGUUAAUUCUCUUAACAGCCUGACACAAUGUGCAUUUUUUCCUUUAUAAAAGAACCCUGUCCCUUUUCUGCAGCACCCUGCUGUUUUUUAAAACCUGGCCAAAACCCUAUAUGAAUAGUGUUAUGCUUAUUUGUAAAUACUUGAUUAAGCCACAGGCUUGAAUAAAGAUUAACUUAACUGUUAAUUGAUUCAUAUAACCUUUUGAGUUAUAAAUAUUAACCAAUCAAAUCAUUUCAAUAUUAUUCCAGAUAGCCAAAAGUUACAGAAUUGAUGUAUUGUCCAGUUUUAUACAAGGCUGCAGGCAUUCAUUUUAAUUAAGCCUUUUGUAUCUAUCAGCUUCUAUUAAAAGUAAAAUUGUUCACUAGUUAAAAUGCAUUUUGUCUUGUUUUAAUGACGUUAUUUUAGUGUUUUACAUGACAUUAAACUUGUAAUUUACAGACUGUUUAAAAUUGUAUUUAUGUAUGCCAGAUAUUGCACAUUUAUCUCCUUGUGAAUUGAAGGUAUACCCCGGGGUUUUAAAGUUCAGGAUUAGUUCUAAAAUCAGGAUUGAGAACUUCAGACUAUUUUGCAGUUGUAAAGAUUGUAUAUUGCUCGAACUUUUACAUUAUACAUUAGGAAGUACCUUAAAAUGAAUAUAAAUGACUACAGGAACAAUUUUAAAAGGGACCUUAGCACAUUCACUCUGCUUUUUUCCCUCAUACUCAAAUGAAACCGCCUGCCAUUUUUCAGGAUUGACAAUUAUAAGCUUUAAGAAUCCCUAUAUAUUGUAUAAAGUGUAUGUUUCUUUUAGUCAACAAUGUCCUCAGAUUGAUUCUCAAGAAAAUGGGUCAAAUUUUCAAAAGAAAUCUGACUAAGGCCAUGUCAAGGAUCGAACAACAAAAAAAUAUCAUUAGGCUUUAAUAGCAUAUCUUUCGAUUGAAAGGUGACUUAAUAAAAGUAAAUUUCUUUACAGGCAAAAUAUGUUGACAAUAUAGUCCUACCUAAAUAUGGAUUAAAAACCAACUUAAAGAAAAUAAGCAUCUAUGCAUAAUGAUGUUAUACAUGUAGGUUUGUUUUUACACUCAUUCUUAUGUCAUUGUUUGUGUAAUGUAGGUUGUAUUUUACAAUUUCGUCAUGUAAAUGUGUCUGGUGUCUGGUUUUAAAUAUAAUGUCAUUUUAUAACAGUUUUAGCUUGACUGGUUCAACUUUUAGAAGAAAAAAAGUUGAUGUAUAGCCACUGUGUUGUCAGCAGUGUCAGCAUCAUGGUCAUUUAAAAGCGUUAAUUUAGGCUAAUUCAAAAACUGUUCAAAUUAUACAAAUGGAACUUGGAAGAUGUGUUGCCAGUGACAAUACGCUCAUGCAUAUCAAGGCCCAUAACACUUACGUUAAUAGAUGAGGGUUUGUGCUCGCUGGGCAUUUGUCUGGUUUUCUAAGAAAACAGUUGACUGAAUGACAUGGCCUUUGUGAUGCGAAGCAAAAACUUGUACCAUAUUGGAGAGUUUUUUAGCCUUUACUUGAAGCCCUGUAUGAAAACAGCUACAAUUAGGCGGAGCUUAGCCAUGCAAUAACUAUUGUGUGGAUAAAUUACAACGUUUAUUCACUGAAACGCAUGCUAGUUAUUGAAUGUUGUCCUGGACAACAAGGUACACAACAGUUACUUCACCCCUUUUCCUUGUGAUUGAAAUUAUAAUCUUGCGCUGCUAAUGCUUGCUUGAAUAACUUCAAUAACUUGCGUUGUAGGUGUAGUAACAAUUACAUAACAUGAAAACCAUUCAUGGCAUCUCUGUCAUUUAUUGAAUAUUAUUGUCAUGAAAUAUUUAGACUUUUAUUAAGGUAAGCCAUCCAUCAUAGGAAUUGCUAAGAUGUGUUAGUGCAUUUAAGAUUUUAAUAUGAAGACUUUUUUAAUGUUAAGCUAAUAUUGCUUAAGCAUUAUAUUAUUUUUGCAAGGAUUACACUUCCCAAUAAAGCCACUAAUAUGAUAUGAUGUAAAAGAGGGGGUAAAAAACAAUGUUUGACUGAUUUCAUACAAUUUUAUUGAUAUGUUUCUUAAGUAUCACAAUGCCAUAAUUCAAGUAGCUCUCAGUGAAACAUUAAGAAUAUUCAAACCUAACAUUUUUAUAACUUUUGAAACUUGUACUUUAAGGCUGCUUUCUCACAGAUAGGCACUUUUGGCAUAAGUUUUUAUCUUUUUCUAAACAGCUGAUGCUUUGCAUCAAUGCCUUAAGUCCAGUCAUAUAUGAUACAUGUUUCUUACAAUCAAACAGAUCUUAAUUGUCUGGAAAACUGUCGAAAAUAUCAUUUUCCUGUAAGUGUUACUGACACUUUUAGCCAUUAAACAUAAUUUUUCGAUCAGAAGUAUGAACAACUGCAAGCUCAUCUUUUGUAAGCAGUCUAAUAUCACUGUUUUUCAGACAUUUGCACAAAAGUUGGCUAAUUCAAGUACAAAAAUAAACUAAAGUUGUCAAAUCUGUCUAUCUAUGAGAGUGCAGCUUUAUCUAUGUUUUUGAACUGUGUCAUAAUAUUUGUUACUCUUAGUUUAGUAGUGUGUGCUUGUACUAAGUUUGUUUUAUCAUGUCGCUAUUUGGAAUGUAAUGGUAAAAACAGAUUAAAAGAUAAGUUUUAUUGAAACUAAUGUAUUGUUAUAUGUGUAUAUCAUAAAAUGUUGUCAAAGAUUAUUAUUUUAUGUGAAUUAAAAUAUGCAAAAAAAAUUAUUGUAUAGUUAAGAUGUUUGGCUUUAAACAAAUUUAUUGUUUUGGCUAGACUUUUGCUUUUAAACAAAUCAAUUGUUAAGGCUAGACUUUUGCCUUUAAACAAAUUUAUUGUUUAGGCUAGAUUUUUGCCUUUAAACAAAUUUAUUGUUCAGGCUAGUUUUUUGCCUUUAAACAAAAAAAAUGUUAAAAAGAUGAAGUAUAAACUGCUUAGAAUGUUUUGGAUUCUACAUACAAAUAUAUAUUUGGGUGUCUGUAGAUUCAGAAACAUCUAUUAUUAUUCUAGCCACUCAUCAUGAAUUUUGUGUGAAUAGAGAAAUUUGAUGUAUAGAGUUAUAGACUGGAAUUAACAUUCUACAUGUAUUUGUUUGUUCACUUUUCAUGACAACAUCUAUAUAUGGUUUUGUUUGAAAUUCUUUUUUCAAAGAUAAUCAGACGCACGAAAUCGUACAUGUCCAAAACCAAACUAUGCCAUACAUGGAAAUGUAGGACCAGUUAUAACAGGUUCUCCAGUUCAAACCAUACUUUUCUUACUAUUAUUUACUUUUUAAAAAAGCCUCAUACUUUUUCCUCUUUUUGUUAACAACUGCUAGUAGUCCUAUUAUAUUUGUGAAAAAAAGCUCAUUAAUGGUUUAGAUUUUAUGUUUAAUUGUGAAUUUUGUUCACCGUUUCACCUCAUGAGACCAAAGCAGGACAUAUAAAUAUAUGAAAACCUACAGAAACAAACUCAGUAGCCAAAUGUUUAAACAUAAGCCACCGUGCAUGUAUGCUAGAUAAAAAACUAGGUGUAUAUCAAGGAUUGUUAGGUACCGCCUUGGAACGGUCAGUGAAAUGUAAAUUUACUGGGUUUAAACCAGUUUGUGUGCAUAACCUCACUCUUAUCCCAACAAUCCAAUAUAAAGUAAAAACCUAAAAGGUUUAAUCUUAUCAGUUAGAUAAAAAACGUAUAAGACAUUAAAAAUGCUAUAGACUUAAACUGUAAAAUAGUCUUUAACUAUCAUACAAAAUACCUAAUUUAUCCAACGUUUUUUUUUCACAAAAAAAUCCUACUUUCUACUAUUGCUUUGACAUAAAAUGUCCAACUUCAUUCCUAUUUUUCUUUGGGCCAAUGCUGGAGAGCCUGUCAUUAUAAAGCCAUUCUCUGUACUUGUGUUUCCUAAUCAUUGAUUUGCCUGUUUUAAGACGAACAAUGUAAUGCAUUAUUACAACUAUCUCACCCUCUGUAUGUGAAGAAUAGCCAUUAUGUCCAAAUUGUUUUAACAGAUCAUUGUUUUAUUCAGAUUAUACCAUGCAAAUAAAUACUUUUGUACA